AUGGACGAGUUCCUGAAGCCGAUGGGCAUAACCCGCAUGCACAAAGACGAAGCGGAACCCGAUUUCUUACGAUUGUCGAGUGUCCAAACUGCGUCUAAGAACCCAGAGCCAACAGCAUCCAAAUCACAACAUCACACAGCGCCCACCACACUAGAAGACGCUCUUGAGACACUCAAGCACGAACCUGACUACGACUCGUUAACAUCGGUCUUGGCCUUUCUUUCUCGCCACGAGACACAUAACCUCCCGACUGUCAAGCUGCCAAGUCCUCUCAAUGCCCAACUUAUCCAAGUCCUAGUCGCAGAGAUCGUGCCAAACUACUGGGCACUGCUCGUCGAGGAUAUCCACCAAGCCAAGAAUUCGGGGUUGAGGCUGCUCUUGUACUGUGUCUCGAGCAUCACAGGAGUGAACGCCAUCCUUGUUCGUCUCAGGGCCCUGAUCCAGGAAACCAAGUCUGAAGCAUCUACAGAUAUCAAGCGGCCCGACAUACCCCUGAAUCUCGGUAUCCUAUUGGAUCUGUUGUGCCGUGUCCUCGAGGGCGAUGGCUGGAUUCUCGAGGCAUACCGCCUUGCAACAUCUAGUCACGAACCUGCAGCAAGAGUGAAGCCGAGAGUGCAGGAAAUUGUUGCGACUUUUGGCGCUUCCCGGAUUAUCUCACUGGCAGCUGAGGCAGAGGACAUUCUUAAGGGUAAUUCUGCUGUUAAGAAUAUAGACAACAUCUGGCCCGCCGACUCGUUGCAUUACACGCAAUGGCUUGGUCGAAAUAUCGUGACACUGGCGCUGUCGGACCUGACACCCAGCGAAACCAAACUUGGCCCUGAUUUAUUUGCCAAAGCUCUCCGUCUUGGACACUUCGUAGGCGGCUUGCCGCAAACAGAGCAACGCAAGGUUCUUUACGCCGUUCUGAAGCUCUUCUCUGCUGGGCACUUAGAUCGCUUUGGCCGCUGUGAGGCCGAAGAAACCCAGCCGCUUAUCUCUGCCGUGGCUGGUGCCCUCAACGGAAUACUCGAUUCGCAAGAAGCUCACGCCCAGGUACUGCUGUUGGCCGCUGGACUAGCGGCUCCUCAUGAAAGAGCCCGCUUUCUCGGCAUGGUGGUGGGCGAAGCGCUUUCCGCUCUUGUCGACAAGGGGGAGAAACGACUCAACUUCAAAAUGGAGGAAACCGACAACGAGGAAGGCAGGUGGUAUAAAGGGCUAACAAGCGUCAAGGAUGCGAUUGGGCCUCUUGAUCCUUUAUUUAAAGCCCAAGCUGAUAUUCCACAAAAGAAACGCAAGGCGCCUCAAAAGCCGGUCAUGAAACAGGCGACUCGGCCGCCACAGACUGGCUUCAUCAUCGAGGAACUCAGCGACGAGGCUGGCCCAGAAGAAGACGACAUAGUCCCUUACGCAAAGCCAGAUUCGGAUGCAGAAGAUUCAGAUGAGGAUGCGACGCUGGUUAGGCGUGAUAAGCUAAAAGCCCCAGUGUACAUCAGGGACUUGAUCAAGUACCUUCGAGAUACGGAGAGCUAUGAUCACCAGAAGCUCGCACUGGCGACGGCGCCAACACUCAUUCGGCGGAAAGCGGACCAUGGAACGGAAGUAUCGGAACACGCCGAGGAGCUCGCUUCGUUACUCGUUGGUCUGAGCGACAAGUUCGAAAUGGAUAACUUCGACGAGCUGAGGAUUCAAGGGAUGAUGGCCAUCAUCGUCGCCAAACCAGAGAAGAUGGGCCAAUGGUUCGCCAAGACAUUCUUUGAUGGAGACUACUCAGUCUCCCAGCGAGCGUCCGUCCUGAUUAUCCUCGGGUUAAGCGCCCGCGAGUUGGCGGGUUAUGAGACGUCCGACUACGCGGCGGCGGCGGCGUUCCCCUCCAAGAUGCUGCCAGAGCGAGUCGGGCAACUAUAUCUCGGCAAUAACUCGACCCAAAGCCAGCCCUCCGCACUCAAACCUCUCCCUCCAAACGCCCUCGACAACAUCGCGAGCACACUUGCCUCUAGCUUCCUCGCCCCAAUGGCAGCAACAGCCGCCGACGCAGCCACCGGCCCAAACGUUCUCAAGCUCUCCACCUUUACCUCCCGCCUUAACAACGACCAAAACUCUCAGAACGAAACAGAAAACCAACCCCUCUCCCCAACAAAACCCCGAAUCAAAUACAAAUCCACCCAUCCCGCCAAACCCCGCGUCCGCGCCAUCCCCAACACCACCGCCCACCUCCUCGGCACCUCCUUCUUCGCCCCACUAGCCGCGCGCUUCCAAGCCGCCCUGCACGCCUCCUCAACGGCCCGCGGGGGCAGCAACAGCCGCACCAUCCUCUUCCACCCCUAUCUCCUGGCACUCUACCUCAAAACCCUCGCGCUGAUCCUCCACGCCGCGGGGCCCAGCACGCUCGCCCUCCCGCAGCUGACGGCUGAGCUGUGGCGGCUGCUGCUGAGCACCAGCGUGCGCGCGCAGGCGGUCGGCGACCUGGCCGUGACGCAGGCGAUGCUGUUUGCGUUUGUGGCGCUGCUGGAUGUGAAUGCGGACCGCAUGCGGGAUGUUUGUGUUGAGCUGGGCAGGGAGGUGGUCGAGGCGCAGGAGUGGGUGGCGGGGGUGUUUGGGGGGUUAAGGGGCGGAGAUGAGGGUGGGGAGGAGGAGAGGGUGAAGGUGCUUGCGGCGGGGGUGUUGGUGAGGUUGAGGGAGGGGGUGGAGAAGUAUAGGGUGGUGUUGAUGGGGGAUUUGAUUGGGUUUGGGUAG